CACUCUUUGUACUUCUUUUUUAUUUUUUAUUUUUGGUCAUUCAUCUGUAGUGGGGGGAUUUCUUGAUCUUCAUCAGUGGUGACCCUGUUGCUGCCUCUGGCCAGCCAGGACCUUCAGCCUCUAGGAGGCUGGACUCAAGUGCCUGAUUUCUAUGAGACUCUCCUCUAGGAGGUGUACCCUUGCCUCCUCCAUCCGGGACCCGGUUGAGGGCCCAUCCCUACGAAGGCAGGUUUACCUCAAUAAGAGAAUGUACUUUCCUCCCCAGAAUUCCUACCUCUCACCAGCAGUCAUGAGGUUGGGCUUGGUCUGUCUGCCUGAGGCUUGACUCAAAAGGUCUUAUUUCCUUGACACAAAAGGUCUUAUUUCCUUCCUUUCCGUUCUGUCUUUUUCUUUUGGACUCUUCCAGGGCAUGUUUUUAAAAACAUAAAAGGCCCCCUCCACGGAGAACUGGGCCCGUGGUUGCCCACCGCCUGAGAUCUGCAAGCUGCAUGCCCACGAGUAUCCACUUGGACUUUUGCAAGCAGAGACAGCAGCGAUGACAUCCAAAUGGAGCGCCACCGCAUCUUGGUAUUCUCACCCAGCGUAUGCCAGAUACUGGCGACAUUAUCACCAUGCCAUGUUUUGGAUGCGAAGCCACCAGAAUGCCUACAGAAAGUCCAGGGAUUCCUAUUUCAUGUCCCCGUGGUUCUCUCCUCCUGGAGUUCUUCCCUGGAACUCUUUUGCUUAUGAGGCUAAGCGUGCUUGGAACCUUCAAGGCCAGCACAUGGCCCGGCAGGAGCCUCCCUACAGUGUUUCUCGUCUCCAAAGCUCUGGGCAGCCUCUGUGGGAUAGCAGAAGAACCCAGGCCUCCCCCAGAGAAGAUGAAGCCCCGCAUGAAGAGGAAGAGAUGGAGUCGGAUUCAGAUAACGAAGUAGAAUGCGACGUGAGCAGCAUGGAAAUCACCGAGGAGCUCCGCCAGUACUUUGCGGAGACCGAGAGGCACCGGGAGGAGCGGCGGCGACAGCAGCAGAAAGACGCGGAGCGCCUGGAAGACUAUGUGAACGCCGACCACGGCCUGUACUACAACCACCGCCGCUCAGCCGAGCCCCCGGCCGAGAAGCCCGGGGAGCGGCGCCGAGCCGAGAUGCAGCGCCUGUAUGGGGACAGCGCCCCCAAGAUCCUGGCCAUGGAGGCUGCUGCGCAGCUGAGCUUUGACAAGUACUGUGAUAAAAAGCAGCCAAAAUACUGGCCUGUCAUUCCCCUCAAGUUCUGAGUCCCAGGCACAGGGGCCCUGGGGAGUGCCUCCUGGACACGGUUCCUGGGCGCUCCCUCUUACCUUUGGAGUGUUCCCUUCAUCUCUCCGGGAUAUUUUUCAGAGAAGGAGGCUUGUAUACCUGACACAGUGGAUGCAAUCUGUCAGCCACUUAGAAUUCGGUCAGCAGGAGGUGCGCUGUUGCCAACACAAGGAAUGCCAUAAAGUGACAGUCGUGUACAUUGUCCUGGCUCUUGACUUGCUCUGUAGUAGUUCAUUGCAAUUCUUGCCUAGAGAUACUGUCUAGUGGUUUGCAUUUGUAUUUCCUUCUUUAAACCUUCCUGGCUGUCACACAAGCCUGAAGCCACAGGUCUUUUUUUUUUUUUUUGAGUCUAGUUCUCAUAUAGCCCCAGCUGGCCUCAAACUCUCAAGUCCUCCUGCUUCCACCUCCCAGCUGCUAGCUUACAGGUGUGCGCCCCAACUGGGCUCCGAUCCACAUAUUCUCACUGACUGUGACCCCUGGAUCCCUCUGAGAAUGAUGCAGGUGAACACUAAGACAAAUGCCACCGUCACUCGGCCAGGUGUCAGCCUGCGUGCUCCAUAAAAGGCCCGAAAGCAAAUACUUGGGUUUGGCAGGCCAUGUGGUCUGUCAGAACUGCCUAACCCUGACUUUAUAGCACACAAACAGCCAUGGAUACUGAGUAAACAAAUGGAUGUGACUCUAUUCUAAUAAAACUUUAUUUGUAAAAUAAAAAAACAUAAAAGUAUGUUUUUAGACUCCCUAAGGCUUUGGGCUUCCUAUUUUUCUAAAACUCUCCUU